ACCGUUUGUUUUUUCUGGGCAUUUGGCAACCCUGCUCAGUUUGCAUGUCAAAAGAAACGCCGAACCGAAAAUUAGUUUUUAGGUUUUGUUUAUAAAAAUAGCUGAGAAAUGGCAGCUGGACCGAUUGCUGAACGGAAUCAAGAUGCCACCAUCUAUGCCGGCGGUUUGGACGACAAGGUGUCGGAAACGCUGCUCUGGGAGCUCUUUGUGCAGGCGGGACCAGUGGUUAACGUACACAUGCCCAAGGAUCGGGUCACCCAGAUGCACCAGGGCUAUGGCUUCGUGGAGUUCCUCAGCGAGGAGGACGCCGACUAUGCCAUCAAGAUCAUGAACAUGAUCAAGUUGUAUGGCAAACCCAUACGCGUUAAUAAGGCUUCGGCGCAUCAGAAGAAUCUGGAUGUGGGCGCCAAUAUCUUUAUAGGCAAUCUGGAUGUGGAGGUCGAUGAGAAACUGCUCUACGAUACCUUCUCCGCCUUCGGCGUCAUUCUGCAGACGCCGAAAAUCAUGCGAGAUCCGGAGACUGGCAAAUCCAAGAGCUUCGCCUUCAUCAACUUUGCCAGCUUCGAGGCCAGCGAUGCGGCCAUGGAUGCCAUGAAUGGGCAGUAUCUGUGCAAUCGUCCUAUAUCCGUAUCCUAUGCCUUUAAGAAGGAUCACAAGGGCGAGCGGCAUGGUUCGGCGGCGGAGCGUCUGCUGGCCGCCCAGAAUCCCUCGGCGCACGCGGAUCGGCCGCAUCAACUGUUCGCCGACGCACCGGUGCAGAAUAUGAUGCCCCAGAUGCCGGGCCAGAUGAUGCCCCCGCCUAUGAUGGCACCACCGCCGCCAGUGGUGCCCGUUUCGAACAACAACAUGGGCAUGAUUGCGCCGCCGCCGCCGGUGCCGCAACCAGCGCCAUUCCCGGCGACGAUACCGCCACCGCCGCUGCCACCGAUGGCCGGCGGUCAGCCGCCGCUGCCGCCGGCGAUGGGCAUUCCGCCGCCGCCGCGCAUGAUGCAGGCGAACGCCUGGGCGCCGCCCGGAAUGCCGGCACCGCCGCCGCGACCGCCGCCCACCAACUGGCGGCCGCCGCCCGUGCCCUUCGCCCCCGCGCCCUUCGCACGGCCCUAUCAACCCGACGGCUACCAGUACUAAAAACUAGUGUGUAGACUAAGGAGACGACAAAAUAAAUUGUAAUAGGAUCUA